CGUUUCAUUUCACCUUUUCUGGGAUGGAGAUUUCUUCUCACCAGUUUCACCUCUUGCAGCAACUCAAUGAGCAGCGCAGGCAGGACUUGUUCUGUGACUGCAACAUCCUGGUGGAGGGAAAGGUUUUCAAAGCCCAUCGCAAUGUGCUGUUCGCCAGCAGCGGCUACUUCAAAAUGCUCCUUUCGCAGAGCUCGAAGGAGACGAGUCAGUCCACGACAGCCACUUUCCAGGCCUUUUCUCCUGACACCUUCACGGUUAUCCUGGAUUUCGUGUACUCAGGCAAACUGUCCCUCACUGGCCAGAAUGUCAUCGAAGUCAUGUCGGCUGCCAGCUACCUGCAGAUGACCGAUGUGAUCAGCGUGUGUAAAACCUUCAUAAAGUCGUCGCUGGAUAUCAGUGAGAAGGAGAAGGAUCGGUACUUCAGCCUGUCUGACAAAGAUGUGAGUUCCAACGGUGUGGAGAGAUCCUGUGUGUACAGUGGAGGGUGGAGGGCGGAGAGCAGCCCCCCACAUUCCCAUUCCAGCCCAGACCCUGGGACUUGUAUGAUGGGCGGCAACGCUUGGAGCAAUUUCAACUAUUACCCCAGCUCGCAGAGAAAUGCCCAGCAGCAGCUGUCCAAACAYGAGCAACGGCCGGAUUCCAUCAAGAAAUCACGGCACCUGGGGCUGCAGCAGCCUUCUGACAUCCCCCACUAUAAAYCCAGCAAGCUGGAGGACAGGGCCGCCGAGCCCGCGGGCCACGCCRCGCCGGCCGAGGAGCAGCUUCACAUGGACGCCGAGGUUGAAGCUCCUCACGUGGGCUACCAGUUCGGCCAAGGGGCUGAUGUGAUGCCCAGGGGCUUGGCUGUGUCGCAGCAGGAGCACGAGUCACCCCGCUCCUCCGGGAAAUCCAAGUCGUCCAAAGCUGAGGAGCAGUACGGGAACAUGCCCUCCAUCCUGGGAGUCAUGGGGAACUGGGCUGAAGAUGACCUGGCCAGGAUGAGGUUCAAGUGUCCAUUCUGCAGCCACGUGGUGAAGAGAAAAGCCGACCUCAAGCGUCACCUUCGCUGUCACACGGGAGAGCGGCCGUACCCCUGCGAGGCGUGCGGGAAGAGAUUCAGCAGGCUGGACCACCUCAGCAGCCAUUUUCGAACUAUCCACCAGGCGUGCAAGCCCAUCUGCAGGAARUGCAAGCGCCACGUGACCGAGCUGACGGGCCAGGUGGUCCAGGAGGGGACRCGUCGCUACAGACUGUGCAACGAGUGCCUGGCCGAGGCCGGCAUAGACAGCAUCCGCAUUGACUUGGAGGCUGAGGCACCUCUGGAGUUCCCUCAGGAUGGGGACAAAGAUUCCAGGUGGCACUACGGGGAGGACAACAGGUCCGACGUGGAGAUCGUGGAGGACGGCUCGACYGAUUUGGUCAUCCAGCAGGUGGAUGACAGCGAGGAUGAAGCGGAGGAGAAGGAAGUGAAGCCCAAUAUUAGGUAGUUGGAAGAUGAGGAUUGGGAAUUGUGUGGAAGAGGGAGAAUGUACUGGGACCGCUGUUGGUGACCCUACAGAGACACGUGGGUGAACAGGUCCAGACUUGCMUGUAUUUAUGGACACGUCAUUGAGGCCAUUCUGGUUUGUCAUCAGAACCCCCGUGAGUUGCUUUUUUAGGAAGAAUCCACCCUUAAAUAAUGGAUGGACAAGGAAAAGCAGUGUUACGUGGAUAACUUUUUAUAGCAGGCGAUGGGGCCCGUCUCAAAGCCUCUUGCCAAGGGAGUGAGGUCUAAAUGCUUUAAAAAAAUUGUAGAUUAUUAUAAAUUGCCCGUUUUUUAUACUUAGAGAGGUGUGGCUUCUCUCAUUGGGCGAUAAACAAAGUGUAAAGACCCCACACACCAGACAACCUCUCUUGAGUGUUCAGAASUAAAGAGAAUCUUCCAUGAAUUGUCAUUAAUUCUUCACGUUAUGAUAAGGAAAAAAGGCAGAUAAUUAAGAAAGAGGAUUUAAAAUGUUUUGGCACUUUURUCUGGAAAAGGACUUUAGUAAAAUUUAUUAGGAUCAGGUGAACCUUUAGUAGAUCAUUAGUUCAAGGCCUAUUUCUUUAAAAGAAAACAAGCACAUAAAUGCUUAACCCAUGAGAGGCAAACCAAUUAAAAAUUUGGAUCAUUAAUUGAUGCCAGUAGAUGUUUUAGUCUCCAAAUUGGUAUCUCAGACUGGGCUGUUUUAUUAAGCACUAUUAAAAUACUCCUUUUUUUUUGGGAAGCCUCUCAAAAACACCCAGACACAGUGGGAUUAUUGGGGUGUAGGGCCAGGAAUUGAAUGAUCCUCAUGGGUCCCUUCCAGCUCAGGAUAUUCUGUUCUGUGCCCCUUUCCCAGUCUGUACCAUAUGCCAGUGAGAACAAGAUGUACUGGAACUUCUGGACACCGUUUUUGUGUAAUUUCACUCACAAUUAGGAUUACAGAGAUGAGUAACGAUGAAGAAAUUUUAMUUCUCUAACAAAAUGAGCUACUUGGUUUUGUUGCUUAGUGAGUUUAUCUUACCCAAYACUGUCGACAGGAGAGGAGCAGAAGAUGCUUCCAGGUGCUGCUGCAUUCCUUGGACAGAUCUGAGCUUUUAUUCCAAUUCUUCAUCCUGGGAUCGUGGAACUCAAUGGCUGUAGACUUAGAAAAUGAUCUAUUUUUUGUUUUCUUUUUUACAGCUUUSUAAGCAUGUUUGGCUGAACCCCGGGGGGUUUCUUACACAACAAUCCCAUAUAUAUAUCUGCUAUAUAAUCUUCCCCAGGGACAGCUAAAAAAAAUCACUAUUUUAUUUUUAGUUGUGUAAAAAGUGUAUAACCUUCUYGUGUCAUCAUGAGCAGAGAGCGCAGCAUUUUCAUUCCAGCCCAAGGUCUCUGAAGUGACAACUCGAGAACUUCACACUAAAUUCAGUGUGAUCAUUAAGCACCCUCCCCUCUUUGGAUGUUCUGAGGGCACAAGAAAUGGUAUUUUAUUGUUCUUACAAAAAUUAUCAUUUAUUUGCUUUGGCUUGGGGAGGGGGUGACUUAAAARUAUUUAUUAUGACCCAUAUGAAAACAUCUUAAAUGGGACUURCCUUGGUUUUAUGGGACACUUGAUGUGAAAACAGACAUUUGAUUUUUGGGGAAAAACUCCUCAAAUGCCUGUUAUUAAACAGCUAAGAAAUAUUYCUGAGCAACCUGGACUGAAUCAAAGACACAGAACGAGAAAUAUUUUAAAGGAUAUGGAGUAACUUUGCUCAAAUUUCAUAGAUGUUUCCCUUUUCCCUUUCCAUUAAAGAGUUUGACAACAAAUUCCAGGUAUCGGUGCCUGCUGUCCCAGGGUACAAAGGGGUGGAAUUGGUCUCUGUGUGUUUGGGAAUGGAUUAAAAAGAGGGGAAAAUAAAGUGUCUCUCCAGGCCUGAAAUCUUAACUGCCAACUGCAAAGGUCAGGCUAUUAAGUGUUUCUUAAUAGUGGGGGUGUUUUUAGAAGCAAAGGGAUUUUUUUGGAUCAAUACUCAAUUUAAUUAGAUACCAUAAAUCUGAGAAUACCGAGGACCAGAUGCUUCAGAACGAGACCUGAAGCGGCUCUAAAUGGGCAAAUGGAACAAUCUAUCCAUAGGAAGACUUUUACUUUUYAAACACAGAUUAAUUGUUGAUUUGCUGGGCAAAUAAGGGCUUUUUUUUUCUGGGCUUUUAUAUGUUGUUAUUCUCMGUAGCAUAACUAGAUAUCUGUAGUCAUUUUUGAAAUAUCUUAUUAAGCUUGGAGUUUUAGGUUGACUGCGAUUCCCACAGGUCAAUUAUGUUUCCUAUUUUUUAAAAGUUACCAUUUUUACAUUUGUUGCCUUAAUUUCGGUUGUUAUUUCCUUAUUUUUGUAAUGUAUGACAAGCUAAAUGUUUAAGUGCCUUCUGUUUU